AUGCCGGCCCCGCAGCUUAUGGGCAUAUAUCCCCCAGACUCUAUCACCGAUGUCGCUCAGUCACUCCCCAUCGACCCCCUUGGCCCCGGAGCCGCGGCUCUCCUGGCUGGAGAUGUAGAGUACAGACUGCAUCUGAUACUGCAGGAGGCGAAGAAGUUUAUGGUGCAUGCGAAGAGGACCGUAUUGAUGCCAGAGGAUGUGGAGUAUGCUAUGGAGGCGCUCAAUGUAGAGCCAAUUCUGAUACCACCACGCCCACUUGCCGUCCCUUCAUUCCAUCCCAUCACCCUUCCCUCUCAAGGGACCGCCCCGCCCCAGACAGUCUACACCACCCCGGACGACGAAAUCGACUUUACGUCCUAUCUGAAAGAACCGCUGCCGGCGGGCGUAGCGAGCAGCGCUGGUGUCAAGUGGAAAGCGCACUGGCUGGCGGUGGAAGGUGUCCAGCCUGCGAUCGCAGAGAACCCUGCGCCUAGUGGGGGUGCCGCUGGGCCAGGAGCGAGGGGAGGCAAGAACGCCGCACAACCGGCUUCGACGACCUUGAAGGCUUCAGCAAAAGCCCAUUUGCCGCAAGAACUGCAACUGUACUUUACCCGCCUCACCAGCGCUCUCGUACCUCCCUCUCCGGCCAACUGCACCCCCGAUUCAGAAGCCGAACGGCAUAGGCUUGCGGCACUGGCUUCGUUGAGAGGCGAUGUAGCUGUUGCGGGGAUGCUGGUGUAUGUGGUCAAGUGGUUAGGAGAUAGCGUGCAGAAGUGCUUGAUGGCACCUCUGGGGACAGUGGGCCAUCUGGUAGAUGCUAUUGGGGCCUUGCUGGGAAACGAGGGAUUGUUCGUCGAGCCUUACAUACAUCAACUCCUCCCACCUCUUCUAUCCAUCAUCCUCACUGUCCCCCUCGGCCCCCAUCCACCUGUCCCAACGCCAAACUCACCAUCAGCCAACAACAUCCGCGAACGAGCAUCAGACGUCCUCGGCAAGAUAUCCUCCACAUACGGCAAGUCGUACCCCGGCCUUCUCCCCCGCCUCGUAUCCACCCUAAUCAAAGCUCUCAAAUCCCCGCCGUUCCCAAGUCCAUUGGGGGCGAGCCAGGCGCCGACGGGAAGGUAUGAAGGAGCAGUCAUGGGACUGGCGGUGCUUGGGAAAGAAGCGGUUAGAGAAGGGAUUUGGGGAGAGGGAGGAGAGGGGUUGGUGAGGAUCGAUAAUAUCGUCACGUCGUGCUACCCUGCAUCAGAAAGCGGGAAGAAGAAGAACCCGCUGAUGAAGUCGACUAUCAAAGCGCUUUUCCAAAUCAUACAACCGAAACCCGCCGACACCCCCACCCCUCCGGUCAACGUCGCCGAAGUUACAGAACUGUUUGGGACCAACACCGCAGCUGGACUGAAUAAGAAGGGAUGGACAGCGAGCGAGUUGAUUCGGAUGCGAAGAGAGGCGUUAGCGGAGGGUGUUCGGGAGGGGAGUGAUGGGUCGGCAGCGGUCAGUGGUCCGCCCGAGGUGUUGAAUGGCACCGGGGAAGAACAGACGGAUGCCGUGAAGGAGAAAGAUGAUGAUCAGAUGGAGGUUGAUACGCCACAGGUACAAGGCUAA